AUGCCUUACAUCGCGAGGACAGCCGAGCUCCCCGAGCUAGCUCUCAAUGGCGGGCUCAUUGACCCCCGAGCUGAGAAACAGCCUUGCUUUGGGCAACGGAUGAACUGUCGAGACCUGACAGACUCCAUUUCCAAUACAACGAAAAUUUCGCCUUUACAAUCGAAUCCCAGAAUGACUGGUGCCAGACCCACCACUCAGGAUGUCGAACCCCGCAAGCCGGUCACCGAGUAUCAAACCAAACUCGACAGCAUCGUCGCCCGCUCAAGAGAGAUCGGACAGUCUUCUGGUGAAAGGAAUCCACACCAGGCAUUAUCUGACCUAGUACCGGGGCUGAUUGUGAGCGGUGGUCGUAGCCGCUCGCCGGCUUUUGAUUGCCUGCCUGUCGUCUCCCAUUGGGCUGACCGCACCAACGAGACUUCUGCAGAGGAUCCUGCUGCCACCGUCCGGCUCUCUUCGACAUGGGGUACUACUCACGUCGUUGGCGAAGGAACCACCAUGAAUUGUCCUCUCGGAGCCCCUUGCUGGUCGCUCAAGUCACACGGUAUAGGACUACCCGAAGCUGGGUCGAGUAAAUUCUCUCAGCAAUACGUUCCUGAAACGGAUACGCUGACAACAACGGUCGAGUUGGCACGUCGUCUCGACACGCCCAAAACUGAGGGGGUUCUCGCAGCUGCCGCAAGUAUUUCCUGGAUGCGUAACGCACGUGUUGCAGACGCCGUCGAUUGUGCAAUUGGGCUUUUAGCCGAUGUGUCUGUUCUCUUGGAGGCCCGUGAUAAAGUGAUCACCACUGGAACGACCGAGCGGCUGCCGUUUGCAGAAGUGAAAGGGGCCGUGUUGCCGUCGUGGUGCUCUGCUCGCAAACCCCUUCCUCCGAAGUUGAGUGGAGUGGCAAUUUCAUCAGACGAUGUCACUGCAAACCUCCUCGCAGCAGAGGGCUGUGAGGGUCCUCUGCUCAACACGAGCAUUUUCUCUAUGGGAAUUGGCUAUAAUCGGGGCGUCUAUGGCGGUUCGAUCUCUGGCCUGUGGGCUAUCAUGGACUCCGGAUUUGUCUUGGAUUAUUCUAUCGGCAUCAAAGACACUGAGAUGGCAGAAAAGCUUUCCUCUGCCUUUUCGGAUGUAGCUGCGAUUGCUGAAAUAUCUCCCUCAGCUGGCCCGCAUAUGACUGAUAUCCGGGUCGUCAAGGGCUGCAACUAUGGAUGCUUACGCCAGAAGACCAUCAUCGAGGAUGCCCACCCAAUUCCCUCCCGCGGGUGUAUUGUGGUAUGGGAUGAUCUCGCCCGUCUUGCCCGGUAUAAGCUAGCAGAUGCUGUCUUCUGCCACGUCUAUUAUGAUGCGGGCGGUGGUGAACAGAUGGCUGCCAUAGCCGGUCUGGGAUGCGUUGUGCACGAUUGGGUGGAUCUCGGAGCCGAUGUGAUGUGCGGAGAAGUCAGCAAUAUCAUCCCCUCUCUGACACGCGGAUCUCUGGAGGAGGCACCAUUGGCAGAGGUCUACGCGCGUCUAAUCGGUGCGAUGAUUUGGUACCGAGACAAUGAUCCAUACAACCCGGCAGGCCUCUGCAUUCUGUUCACGCACUGGUGGCAGCUCUCCAAUUGUCGACACAGACCUGUCACUCUUCUUGGCAGGACAGACUUCGGGGUGGGCGCGGCAAUUUCCGCCAUCGUCCCGGCAGAGAGGCCCUCAUUGGAACACUUCCGAGCAUCCGGAACUCAAGUCGAGCGUGGGGAGCGGGCCCUUGCUAACGCUGAGGCACGACUGCAAUCUGUUAUUUCCUCUGAUCCAUUACCGGAAAUCCGUGCUGUUAUUGAUACCCUGGUAAAGCCUGUCAUCGCGUACGUGAGAGGGGCUGAUACUCUACCCUAUGAGAGCGAGUACGUGGGGCUCGUCCUCGCUGCUGAGGUGGCCUAUCCUCACGGGCAGAAGAUCACUGAGCUCUGGGAUCUUGCUAUCGUCAUGUGGGAGUGUGGCGCCAUGUGGGCGGCUGGAGUGGCAAGUCUCUGCUACACUCACACCGGAAAUGCCAACUGUGACCGGGCUCGAGGUGACUUGGCUGACACCACUUGGACGUGA